AUGAAUAUCGAUAUAUACAAUUCUUUAAGUUUUAUAGAUCUCAUUCCAAAUGACUUCAACUAAAAACAUACUGUAUCCUCAUUUAAUAAAAUUAAACCAAUAAAACUCAACAAAAAAAUUUAAUCAACUUCUGAUUUUGCUUCUUCAUCUUGUUUGUAAUUAUUAACAAGUGCAAGCUCUAAUCGAAAAACUGUUCAAUCAAAUAUUGACAUGUAUAAAUUAGGUUAAUACUUUUUAUAACACAAAAAGGAAAAACAAUAAUAAUUGAUUCAUUAAUUGGAAACCAAAUUCUAACAAUCAUGUUCAUUUUCACCCUAAAUCACUUCCAAUUCUCGAAUCAUAGCUUCUAAGUCUAAAACUAUUAUAAAUAGAGAAAGAUAAUAAUCUGAAUUAAUUGAUUCUUAAUCUAUUAAGUUACAAAAAGAUCUAGAAGAAUGCACAUUUUCUCCUUAAAUUUUAAAAAGAAAUAUUGAUAUUUUUGAUAGAUCAUCACCUUUCUAUUUCAGUUAAAUUGAUUGGAAAUUAAAUCUUUAAGAGAAAUUAUAAGAAAGUAGAUCAUAAAAUCAAACUAAAUCAACAAUUUCUUUAAAUAAACAUCCAAAAUAUUUAGAUUUAAGAGCUAGUCAUGCUUUAAAGAAAAAUAUCUCUGCUAAAUAUUUAAGAUAAACAUUGAAUUAGAUGUGA